AUGACUGUGAGGGACCUCAGGAAUGACAUUGUCAAAAAGAGCGCUCUGCCUAUUCGUACAGUUGCUGGGGAAGAAAAAUUGCUUUGUAAGUCUGAAGACGGAGUGGUUUUGCUUGACCAUAAGGAGGCAGGGGCAAGGGCAAAUCAUGUGGUUCUUGGUGAACUAAGGACACGGUUUGUUAAACAUCUCGUUUGGUCUGAUGAUAUAGAGGGUGUUGCUUUGCUAAGCAAAAGGAGGAUCAUCAUUUCAAGCAAAACACUCGACUUGAAGUGCGAGGUUGUUGAGGAUACAGAACUUGUGAAAAGUGGAGCUUGGUACAACAAUGUCGACGGAAAUUUCCCAGAAUCGAUGAAACAAUGA